AUGUGGCGGGCCCUUAUAGCCAUCUACAUUAGCACAGGCUCCGUGGAUUGUGUCGACAGGUCCAAAUUCCGGACCUUCGAGCAAGGAUCCUUUGGACGGCGCUAUCGCAAGUACAUCAACAAGGUGGAGGGCGAUGCAGGCCUUGUGGUUCACAAGCUGGACCCGUCUACCAUCAAGUCCAGCGGCAACAAAGUGCAGGCCAGCCUGCUGUUCGCCAACGACGCCAGUGUGAAGCCCCUUCUCUUAGAGCUGAGCUUCUUCCUCAAUGACGUGGACGGCAGCUGCGGAAUCGUCCGAGCAUUCGUCACGGAGAAGGAUCCUCUCCACCCGCGCUUUCGGCUCACACCCGGGGACGUGGUUCGAAAAGACGAGGACUUGCAGCCCGAUCAGGUCGCCGUGACCGAAGGUGCCGGGUUCACGGAGAUUGCCAGCACCCGUGGUGCGUGCAAGGUGAAGUUGCAGCACUCCCCCUUUCAGCUUGAGUUUGUCGCACAUGGUCGGGUGCUCCAGAAGCUCAAUUCUCGGCGGUUCCUAAACUUCGAAAGAUACAGAGCCAAGGGCGCGCAGGCGCAUGCCGGACUCGUGGAUGCGACGGACCUUGAUCCGAACAACUUGUUCGAGGAAAGCUUUGGUGGCCACACAGACAGCAAACCCCGGGGACCAGCUGCAGUGGGUGUGGAUGUGGCCUUCGAGGACGCCGUCGAUGUCUUCGGGCUUGCAGAACAUGCGGUUGGCUUGGGCCUGGGUGAGAACCGCUUACCAGAACCGUAUCGAUUCUUCAACCUGGAUGUCUUCGAGUACGCGCUGGACGUACCCAUGGCCUUGUAUGGUGCUAUUCCGCUGGUGACGGCAAUUCAUCGCGAGAAGUCGGGUGAAACCGUUGCAUCCGGCUUCUUUUUCCCCAAUCCGUCGGAAGGCUUCGUGCAUGUGGAUGCAUCGAAAGGAUCUCCCCAAACAGAGACCUGGUGGCUGUUCGAGUCUGGCGUGAUGGACAUGUUCUUCUUUGCCGGCCCCGGGCCCCAGGAGGUCCUGCAAAGGUAUCACACGGUGACAGGGUUUCCCCGAAUGCCUCCAAUUUCAACCCUCGGAAAGCACCAGUCUCGCUGGAAUUAUGUGGAUGUGGAAGACUCCAUUGGAGUGAACAGGAAGUUCGACCAGCACGACAUCCCGUACGACGUUCUCUGGUUGGACAUCGAGCAUACGGACAGCAAGAAAUACUUCACCUGGCACCCUUCGCACUUUGCGCAGCCGGACAAGCUCUUGGCAGCCCUUGAGGCAUCCAAGAGGAAGCUGGUCACCAUCAUCGACCCUCACAUCAAGAAAGACAGCGGGUACGACGUCUACAACAAGAUGAAGAACCACGAUUUCUUCACCAAGACGAAAGACAAACAGCUUUACGACGGCUGGUGUUGGCCAGGAACUUCUUCCUAUCCCGACUUCUGCAAUCCCGAGGCGCGCAGACUCUGGACGACGUUCUUCAAGAUGGACUACUACCCACACAACAGGCCAGACCUGUACACCUGGAACGAUAUGAACGAGCCGAGUGUCUUUAAUGGCCCAGAGGUUACAAUGCCACGCGACAACUUGCACAAGUGCAGCGAGAAGGAUUACGAGGUGGAACACCGCGAUGUUCACAAUGUGUAUGGCUUCUAUCAUCACAUGGCAACAGUCGAGGGACAGCUGGUGCGUGCACCAAACGUCCGGCCGUUUGUUCUGACACGCUCGUUUUUCGCGGGGUCCCACAAGCAUGGGGCCAUAUGGACCGGCGACAACAUGGCCAAGUGGGAGCACUUGGCUAUCUCUGUUCCGAUGCUCGUGUCCCUUUGCCUAUGUGGGGCUUCUUUCGUCGGAGCUGAUGUCCCCGGAUUCUUCUUCGAUCCCGAGCCCGAGCUCUUCCGGAGGCCCACAACAGAACGAGAGAAGCCAUGGGCCGACGGGCCGACGGGUUCGGAUUCGCCAGGUGGCACCAGCUGGGGAUCUGGUACCCCUUCUAUCGAGGGCAUGCCCACCUCGAGCCGCUGA